GGGCAGUGGACCUGAGGUCUAUCCCGGGAACACUGGGCAUGAGGCAGGAAUACACCAGUCCAUCAAAGACAGAAUUCCUAGUCUUGAGGAACCUUCUGAAACAUCAUGUCUUGGUCCAGCUGGAAAGAAGUUGAUAAUGAAAUGGAGAGCAUCAGCAACAAGGUCAAACAUGAUGCUGAACAGAGGUGUAACAAGAUGUUUAACACUUACAAGCACCUGGUGUACAGAACCCAAGCAGCAAACGAUGGAACAAACUACGAGCUCAAGUUGUAUGUGGGAAAUAACGAGUGUCUUGUCCUGAUUGUUUGGAAAUCCACCGAUCCAUCAGUGCCACUGAACCUGAGAAAAGCUGACGUCCAGCCACUGCCUGAAGCAUCUGCAUGAAAUGGAUCUGAUCUGAAUAUUUUUAGCCUUUAAAGGCAGUAAAAAGAUUUCUUAUAUCAGAAAUAAAGUUUAAAGCAGCAUGA